AUGAGCGACGACGUUGACAAUGAGCCCACGCAAACUGAAGUAGAUUCGGAAUCAACCAAUGCUCCGACACCUGACUGGAAACAAGAAGCUUUAGACAAACAUAAUGAAUAUCGAGCUCUUCAUGGUGUCGAACCGCUUGAACUCGACGAGGAACUUUGUGCUAGAGCUCAGGAAUAUGCUGAAUCUUCGGUGAAAGGUAAUGCAUUAGUACACAGUAGCGAUGAUGUCGGUGAAAACAUGUUUUCGAAAGGUAGUUCGGAAUCGUUGAUGACUGCACCUCUUGGUAAAAUGGCUACUGAAGAUUGGUAUAAUGAAAUCAAAGAUCAUGAUUAUGAUAAUCCUAAUUUAGAUGUAACAGGUCAUUUCACUCAGGUCAUUUGGAAGAGUUCAACCCGUUUAGGUAUUGGAGUAGCUUUCGACAAUAAUGGUAGAAAAGCAGUUGUUGUUGCUCAGUACACACCAAACGGUAAUCUUCCAUCAGCGGUGGCGGAAAAUGUUCCACGUCCACAAUAA